ACUGCAGACAAGCUGUUUUUCACUCACUUAGUGUAUAUGUUCAGCUGCUUGAUUGGCGGCACUGAUUUCCCUCUUGUGCUAAUUCAUCCUUAUGAUGUCAGUAUCCCCAGUAGUCGUCAAAGGCGAGACAACGACCUUGGACUAUGGCGUGUGCAGGCCAAACCUCGCUUAUCCUCUGAAAUCAUUUCCGUCUGGUCAAUCAUUCGUGGAGUUGCUCUCGCAAGCGAUCCUGAAAUGCCUGGCGAUUACUUCGUCAUCCACACUGUGGACAAUGACAUAUUUCUUCAAAUCAAGGCCCUCCAAGCUCAACCAUUGUGA